AUGUUCGUUCUUUAUGAAGACCCACUAGCUUGGGCUAGACCGUUCCCUACAAACCCUUCCACGCCUCUCCAGGCUCAUUGGCAUGAAGUGCUCGGUCUGUUUUUAUUCUACUGUGCCAUUCAGGCUGUAUCUCCCUGGGUUUCCACCGCGUUGGUUGGAAAAUCUUACACUGGCUUGAACCACAAGACAAAGCUCAACUUUGACAUACACGUGGUCUCAAUGGUCCAGUGCAUCAUCCUGGUGGUCACCUUGGUGCCAGCCUGGGGAAAUGAGCAUUUCCAGAACCGUGCAACGGACCCUUAUGCGUCCAUCUUUGGCUACAACGCCUACUCUGGUUUUGUGCUGGCCAUUACCAUUGGCUACUUCGUCUGGGACUUGAUCGUAUGCUUGUUGUACAUUCGCCUCUUUGGCGCUGGUUUCCUCUUGCAUGCUUUUGCUGCCUUGUACGUGUUCACCGUGGCCCUCGUGAAACCAUAUUGCAUGCCGUGGAUGCCGGCCUUCUUGCUUUUUGAGUUGAGCACUCCUUUCGUCAACGUCAACUGGUUCUCCUCCAGGCUCCCGGCCGGCACUGUCCCCGAUAAGGUUGUUCUCGUGAACGGCGUUCUCUUGCUUGUCACCUUCUUCCUGGUCAGAAUCCUCUGGGGCUUCUACGCCGUCGGGCUCGUGGCCUACGACAUGUACCGCGUGGCACACAUGGCGUCUGUUUUCUGGCCCAUUUCGAUUCUCGUGCUCAACUUCUCCUUGGACGUUUUGAACGUGUACUGGUUCAUGAAGAUGGUGGCCAUUGCGAAGAAGAAGGCCAAGGGCGCCAAGACGCGGCCAGUGGUCAAGGAGGCCGCUAAAUACGAGUGA